GGUGAGUGCACCCGGGCCGGCUGAGAGCCAGAGUGGGCGCCGGGCGGAGACGCGGCGCUCUCGGACCCCGGACGCCCGACCCGCCGCCGCUAUGUACGACCCCGAGCGCGGCUGGAGCCUGUCCUUCGCCGGCUGCGGCUUCCUGGGCAUCUACCACAUCGGGGUGACCCGCUGCCUGAGCGAGCGCGCCCCGCACCUCCUGCGCGACGCGCGCAGGUUCUUCGGGGCCUCGGCCGGGGCGCUGCACUGCGCCUUCUUACUCUCUGGGGUCCCGCUGGAGCAGACAUUGCAGGCCCUCGUGGACCUUGUCCGGAGCGCCAGGAGUCGGAACAUUGGCGUCCUCCACCCGACCUUCAGUUUGAACAAGCACGUCCGAGAUGGUCUCCAGAGACACCUCCCAGACAACGUCCACCAGCUCAUCUCGGGCAAAAUCGUCAUCUCGCUCACCAGAGUGGCCGAUGGAGAAAAUGUGCUGGUGUCUGAUUUUCGGUCCAAAGACGAAGUCGUGGACGCCUUGUCUUGUUCCUCCUUCGUGCCUUUCGUCAGUGGCUUGAUCCCCCCCUCCUUCAGAGGCGUGCGGUACGUAGAUGGAGCAGUGAGUGACAUCAUACCCUUCUUUGAUACCAAAACGACCAUCACUGUUUCCCCCUUCUAUGGGGAGAGUGACAUCUGCCCCAAAGUCAAGUCCACGAACUUUCUUCACGUGGACUUCACCAAGCUCAGUGUGCGCCUCUGCUCCGAGAACCUCUACCUAUUAACCCGGGUGCUAUUCCCUGCGGAUCUCAAGGUGCUUGGAGAGCUAUGCUUUCAAGGAUAUUUAGACACGGUCAGGUUCUUGGAAGAGAAUGGCAUCUGUGACAGGCCGCCUCUGUGCCUGAGUGCAUCCCCAGCAGAGUCGGAAGUCCUUGAGGCCCCCUGGGAGCACGGGAGCCUGCAGUCUUCCCCGAGCAUGGCCGCCGGGGAGGCGAGGCCUGAGGAAGCCACACUGCUGGAUCACCCACACCUCAGCAUCCUGCCCUGGGACGACAGCACCCUGGAGACCCUGUCGCCCAGGCUCACCAUAGCCCUGAGGGAAGCAAUUGGAAACCAAGAUGGGUACAUAAGCAAGAUGUGCAACUUCUUACCAAUUAAGGUCAUGUCCUACCUGGUGCUGCCCUGCACGCUGCCCGUGGAGUCCGCGAUUGCUAUGGUCCAGAGACUGGUGAUGUGGCUUCCAGACAUGCCCAGCGACAUCCAGUGGCUGUGGUGGACGACCUCCCGGAUUUGUUCUCGAGUGAUGACGCGUUUGCUCCCUGUGGAGCCCUACAUCAAGGACACAGGACAAAAACUCCUGAAUUAACCAAGCCCGCAUAGCAACUGUUGCCAUGGGCUCUCCUAAUCUAAACCGCACAGCCCCACGACUCCACAGUAGGUAAAGUAUUCACCAUGUAGCAACCUCGAAGCACCCUGACCAAUCGCCUGAUGCCAUGCUGCCAGCAGGAGUUUUCUUUGUCUUGAGGCUAUAAAAGUUGGCCACUAGCCCACAGAGGGGGUCGGCUGUCCGUGCUCUGUCAGGAAGUGGGCCCGCUGUAUCUGCAGCGCCCCUCGCUAACUCUGCACUUUGUUCUCAGUAAACUCACUCCUUUCUAAGAUACUUCGUGUCUGGAAA